UCCUGUGAGUAUUUAUNCUCAUGCUUUUAAGGGGUGUAGGUGCUGGCUGUAAUACUAAAGAAGUUAUAGAUAGAUUAAGGUGUCUUAAAGCUGAAAUUGAAGAUCUAGAAUUGAAGGAAAGAGAACUUGACCAGCAGAAGUUGUGGCUACAGCAAAGCAUCAAAAAUGUGAUGGAAGACUCCAUUAAUAACAGAUUUUCUUAUGUAACUCACGAAGACAUCUGCAAUUGCUUUCAUGGUGAUACACUGUUGGCCAUUCAGGCACCUUCUGGUACACAGCUGGAAGUACCUAUUCCAGAAAUGGGACAGAAUGGACAAAAGAAAUACCAGAUAAAUCUGAAGAGUCACUCGGGACCUAUCCAUGUGCUACUUAUAAAUAAAGAGUCCAGUUCAUCCAAGCCAGUGGUUUUUCCUGUCCCCCCACCUGAUGACCUCACACAGCCUUCCUCCCAGUCCUCAACUUCAGUGACUCCACAGAAAUCCACCAUGGCUGCUCAAAACCUGCCUGAGCAGCAUGUUUCUGAAAGAAGCCAGACUUUCCAGCAGACACCAGCUGCAGAAAUAUCUUCAGGGUCUAUGAGUGGAGACAUCAUUGAUGAACUGAUGUCUUCUGAUGUGUUUCCUCUUUUACGGCUUUCUCCUACCCCAGCAGAUGACUACAACUUUAAUUUAGAUGAUAAUGAAGGAGUUUGUGAUCUGUUUGAUGUUCAGAUACUAAAUUAUUAGAUUCCAUGGAAACUUGGGACUAUUAUCUACCUCUAUAACAUUUUAGAAUUCUUUAAUAACCCAAGUAUUUAAAAUUAUGAAUGUAACACCUUUUAGUUCACUGAUUCUGAAGUGUUCUUCCCUAACAUUUUAUUUUUUACUUCACAAAACUUGAAAGGGCUCUGACUGCUUCAGGAGAGUGGGGGUAAUGAUUAACUGUCCAUCAGCAUGCCCCUCCAGUGAUUACAUUCAGUUUCAUUCAGUGCUGAAUUCUGUCUCUCCUUAGAGGGCAGUUACAGCAGGCUUCAGUUCAUCAAAACAAAACAUUGUCCAGAAGAUCACUUACUUGUCUUACAUUUUGCUGCAAAGCUGUUUCUAUGUAUCCUUCAAACAGACAUUCACUGCCAUAUAAAGUGAAGGAUAUCACUGUUAAGGUGAACAGAUUUUGUGAAGUGCCUUCUGUUUUAGCACUUUAAGCCUAUCAGUUUGUUAACUUCUGACAUUCCACUUUCCUAGAAUACAGGAAAGAUCUGUUUAUGUAGUUUGAUUUUAAAAUGUGCCAAUGCCUGUACAUUAACAAGAUUUAAAGAAAUAAAGUUGUAUGAAACAUUGAAUUUA